AUGAAAUCAUCAUCGUGCAAGUUAACUCGGAUAGAAUGCAAUAUUAAUUGGAUGCUAGCUUGUCCUGAUCCAACCCCGAUCGCAUUUUUUCGAUAUACAUUUCCAGCACAUAAAGCUAAAGCGCCUGAUAAUUAUCGGAAAACACUUGAUCUGGCUUUGAAUACGGCUAACAAUCAGGAAAUAAAAGAUAAGCUCAAAAUAAUGAAAGAAACGGCGGAUGAUGAAAAGAUUCUGCGUGGUUGGGAAUCAUGGAUGCAAGAAAAAACAGCGAUUCUUGUUCGUCGUAAUGUACGUAGUACCAAUCUUAAUCUUCACAAAGAGAUAAACACGUUGUCAUUAAACAAGGACGAAUCAUUGGCAAAAAAUACCAACUUAGGUAUAAGUGAAGAAGAUCAAGAAGAACAGGAAGAAGAUAUAAACGAAACCGAAGAAUUUUUUAUAAGCAAGGGUAAUGACGACGAGGUUUAUAAAGAUGGUAUCGACGAUGGCGACAGUGAUAAUAACUUCAUAGUAUGUGAAGAAAAUCAACUAACUACUCGUCGAUCGUGGGUUCUCAAAAGUGAUAUCAACGUUGAAGACGAAUUAGCAAAAUAUGUUAAGACAAUUCCUGAGGCUCAUAAAUGUUUGAAGCAACCUCGCGUACUGGAACAUUCUCGAUUUAACACAAGACACCCAAAUAAAACCUUUUUUUCAACGGAUGACUGGGAAGAAAUAAAUGAAAGCUUUAAAAAAGAAGUAAAAUUAGUUGAAUCGGACAUACCAGAUGUUGUUGAAUAUUUUUUCGAUGAAGUGGAAAAGGUAUCCAAAAAAAAUGAUGAAUAUAUUAUCAAUGCGAUUGAUGAUUUGACUCCAGAGAUGAUAGAAAAAAAUAGAAAAGUCAAAUUCAUGCCCGAAAAUUUGAAGGAUCUUGAAGUUCCCAUAUCAGAAUCCGACUUUGACAAUUCAUUUCCAAAUAUGUUAACAAAAAGAUUUUUAAACAAACGUGAUCUCAAAAUGGACGUCGGGGAAAUUGCUUGUUGGGCUUCUGCCCGUCGAAGAAACGAGGGACGCUCAAUAGUCCUCCGAGCACGCAUAGGCCAAAAGUGCGAUUUUCGGGGUACUUUGAAAAACAGCAUUAAUAACCUUGAAGCCAUUAUUGGCCUUAGAAGUGGUGGUCUCCCUGUUGCACAUCGCAAAAAAUUCACGAGGUUAGAGUGGAUCUUUCCGUAG